UCUUGGAUUUGUUGUGACCCGGAUACCGGAAGUGUGUAUGCUGCAGGUGAGGUGGCGAUAUCAUGAUCGGGGACUUGCUGUUGUUUGGGACCUUGCUGAUGAAUGCAGGUGCUGUGCUAAAUUUCAAACUGAAGAAAAAGGAGUCCCAAGGAUUUGGAGAUGAAUCAUCAGAAGCCACCACAGGAGAUAACAUCCGAGAAUUUUUACUCAGCCUUAGAUACUUUCGGAUUUUCAUUGCCUUGUGGAAUAUUUUUAUGAUGUUUUGUAUGAUUGUGUUAUUUGGAUCAUGAGUGUUUUGUUUUUACUUAGGAUUUACAAGGACAGUUCGGAACUGGGACGUGGCUUUCCUCACAGCCAGCACACCAAUCUUUCCCCCUUCCCCAUCUCCACGCAUGUUGAUGAAGCAUCACGGUCCAUUGUGUUAGGAUACCAUUUUUCUUUCUACUCAUGUCAUAGAGAAACCUGCAACAGAGCUUGUUGCUAUCAAUGAAAAAGAUUGUCCGUAUGUGUCUGAUACAAAAAAAGCCUUGAAAAGCACAGGAUGUGGAUUUAAACUAUUUCCCGCCCCUUCAAAUUGGUAUAUGACAAAUCUGAUUUAAAAUGUUAGUCCCUAUUUGGAUCAAGCUAAGUUAAGAAUACUGUAGAAUGUUGUUUUUAACAUACAUUAACAAACGUGGUUAUAAGUAGUAAGAUACCACUUUUCCAGUUCACUUGUCUUAUAAAAAAGAGCAUUCCACAUCGUGGUGACUUCGGCUGUGCUAAAAAGAUUGUGUUGUUGCAAUGCUCAAUUUUUAGAGCAUUUUAUCAGUAAGCAAAUGCUUAUUUCUCACUGUUUAACCCCUGCAAAUACAUAGAGUUGCUCUACCGGGGCAAUGCAUUGCUGUUCCUGCAACACUACAGGUUGUCUGGAGCACAAGAUUGGGGAUGUUUUUGUAAGGAGGAGUGCCAAAAGGAGGCUAUAGUACAUAUGGGUUAGGAAGAGCUCAAUGGGAUAAAUAUUAUGUACAAUGAAUGAGACUUUGUCAAAUCAGGCUUGAUUGUUCUAUAACAUCUAAGCAUAUAUACCCAUAUUGGGCUGUAAUUCCAUUUAAAACAACAACCCCAAGAAUGUGUUCAAUCUUUUUACUAAACAAAUCCCUUACAUAUACAAAUUUAAAAUUACAGCAUAUGGUGUAAUAGAAACAGAAAUAAACAGUCAAUAAAAUGUGGUUCAAUAUAACCUACAAAGCUAAUAUAAUAGCCAGCUCCAAUGGGAAUCUGGUGCACAAGAUUGUCAAUGUUUUUAAUCUUUUUGCACAGGUUAAAUCCACAGGAAGGAAUGAAAUUAGAGCUUUUUAUUGCGAUAGUCUAUCCCUUUAAGGAAGUUAAUAAUUUCUUACGGGAAAAUAAUUAAAAACGUACAUUAAGACAAUGAAUAAAGACCAUUUUUUGUCAGAUAUCAGUAUCCUAAACUCUUGUUGUUUAUAAACAAUUUUUUCUCAAUCAAAUACUAUUUUUUUUGUAUGUAUUCUUUAAAUAUUGGGACCGUGUACUGUAUAAAGGUUUCACCAUGGCUACAUGAAGGGGGCUUUUCAGUUUUGUAGAUCAAAACCCAAAAUUUGACUUUCAUUAUUCAAAUAGAGUGUACAAUUAAAAAAAAAAAAAUUACAAUAAAAAUCGAAAUUUUACUUCUAUGAUCACAUGUACUUUGUUUUCUUUGUUGAAAAGCAGGUAUGUAGGCUUAGGAAAAUUCCAAUUUCUUAAACGCUAUAUAAGUAACAAAGACUAUCAUACCAAAGUAAGUAGAACAAGUACAUUGAAAACCGUUUUUAAAUUGUAUGCUCUGUCUGAAUCUUAAAAAAAAUAAUUUUGGGUUUCAAGGCCAUUUAAAGGGAUAGGAAAGUCAAAUGUAAACUUGCAUGAUUCAGAUAGAGCAUGUCAUUUUAAGACACUUUUUUAAAUUCAGUUCUGUUUUCAAAUGUGCUUUGUUCACUUAGUAUCCCUUGUUAAAAAAUAAAUACUCACAUAUUAUACACUAGUGGGAGCUGCUGCUAAUUGGUGCCUGCACACAUUUGUCUAUUGUGAUUGGCUAAAUAGAUAUUUUCAGCUUCCUGUCAGUAGUGCAAUGCUUUCCCUUCAGCAAUGGAUAACAAGAGAAUGAAGAAAAUUUGAUAAUAGAAUUAAAUUGGAAAGUUUUUUAAAAUUGUAUGUUCUAUCUAAAUCAUAAAAGAACAUUUUGGGAUUUACUAUCCCUUUAAGUAUAAAAUGUCUCUCUACGGUCUAGGUUCAUUAACAUUAGUGGUAUUUGCAAUGUUAAUAUGUGUAGAAUGUAAAUACACCUAUUUUAUAACAGUAUGGGUCUGUAAAAUUAUAAACAGAAAUAGUGACUGUAAAAUAUUACCUUUAUUGGCUAUAAUAUAACAUUUGGUAUUGACUGUUAUGGUUAAGGGAGUCGGUUUAAAAUGAUUAAAAGAUUGCUAAAUGUGUAUUCUUUUGAGAAUUCUUUUCUUUACGAAAACCUCAAGAUCAUUAUUUAUAGUGUGUUGAAGCCCUCUCAAGUUAAAGUGUGAACCAAAUACAAUGUGUUUAUGUGACAUAGUUAUGGGAAUUAUUUUGAAUUCUAUUUCCAGUAAAAAAAAAUAAUUAAAAAAAAAUGUCGCCUUUACUUUGUGUUGUCCUGUUUUUGACCUUGCAUAUUCUGUGAAGGAGUAGUUGGUUCAGGGGAAGAAGGCAUAAUAUAGAGGAAACAAUUAAAGUAGCAUUAAACCAAUGAGGUACUUUAUCUGUGUAUUUAAAAAUGUCCAAAACCAACCAGCAGGGGUGAUAAUGAGACUAGGCUUUUACAUAUAUGAUAACAAAUUGCAACAUGGCAGUGCCCUUUACUUUAUAAAGAUUAAAAAUGUACACUUAUUUAAUACUCGGCUAAUAUUUAAGAAAAAUACACCUGCAUAAUAUUCUCAGGCUAAUCUUUGUUUUGAAUACAUAACUGUAAAUGGCAUUGUUAUUAUUUAAUGUCCCUUUAAGUUAACUUGUUUAUUUCUCUCCUUUGCUUAUAUUGGGUAAUAUUGAAAUAAUUGCAUUUCAACCACAAGGUGUCCUCAUUGAGUUGUUUUUUUCACUGAAAAAUUACGUUUAAACUUACUAGAAAUCAAUUUCUAUUCAGCAAUAGAAAUUAACGUAGGAACUUGCAAUUCCUGUUUAUUUUUGUUUGUUUUUGCAUGCCAGAUAUGACCAUAAAAAAUAAAUUCACGCAGUACUUUGCAAGUAAAACCAUUUUAUCACAGACUAAUAAAACUUUAUUGAUUGAUCCUACA